AGAGAGAGGAGAGAGAAAAAUUGCGAAAAAUUGUUCGCGCUAAUCUAGAGAGAGAAGAACCUUCCUUUUUAUUUUAUUUUUAUUUUUAUUUUUUUUGAUUUUGAGAAUCAUAUUAUCGCGUAUCUUCUUCUUCACGCAUUUACCAAAAGUUCACACUUUCAGCUAAAAAAGCCAUUGAUUUUCUCUCUCCUCCAUUAAAUCUUUGAAAAAAGGUGAAGUGUACUUUCUCUCUCAUCUCACUGUAAUUUUAUUUUCUAGGGUUUUGUAUUUCUUGUAAAUUAUUGUUAUUUUUGUUGUUGUUUUGAUGAAUUUGGGAGUUGUAUGUUGUGAUUAACGGUGGAAUUAUAGUCAUUUUAGGGUUUAAGUGAAGUUAUUAGGGUUUUGGAUUGUGAUUUAGGAGAAAAAGAAUUUAAUAAUUUAUGGAGGGAAGUGAUGAAACUGGAGUUAUGCAAAGAAUUGAAUCAUCAUUUGGUAAUUGUUCAUCUUCAGUUAAUAAACAAAGUAGUAAUAAUCAAAUUGGAAUAAAUGGUCAAAUGCAGAAUUUGAGUGUAACAGAGGUGUUUAAUAGUAAUAUUAUUAGUGGUAAGAGACCUGCUGGUAUACCUCCAUCACACCCACAUUCUCAUUUUAUAGUCCCUAAAAUUGUUCCCCAGCAAGUUGGGGGUACUCAGAACUCGGCACAUUCGAGGUCAUUAUCGCAGUCGUCGUUCUUUUCGUUUGAUCACUUGCCUCCGUUGAGUCCUACGGUGUUUAGGGAGUCUGUUGCGCCGGUUCAUGGGUCCAAUGAGAUUGUUAUGGAGGAGAAAGAUGGUGGUUUACGAGGAGGAGGUAGUGGGGUUCAUGUUAGUGAGGGAUUACCUCCUCGUAGGAGACAUAGGCGGUCUAGUAGUGAUGUUUCGUUGGUGUUUGCUUCAAUGGGGCAGCCUUCCGCGCCUCAGUUUAUGCCCAAGGAGAAGGAAAAGGAUAAGCCGGUGCAGCUUGUUUUGAAACGAGAAUCCGAUUGGGGUGGGAGUGGGACAGGGAAUGCUGAUGGGGGUGGCGAGAGAAAAUCAGAGGGUGAAGUGGUGGAUGAUUUAUUUUCAGCUUAUAUGAAUUUGGAUAAUCUUGAUGCUUUGAAUUCGUCUAGUUUGGAUGACAAGGAUAUGGAUAGUAGGGCGAGUGGUACAAGGACUAAUGACAGUAGUGAAAAUGAAGUUGAAAGCGGCAUAGGUGGAAAUUCUCAUGGUGAAAAGAGAAGCAAAAGAAGUGCACCUGGAGAUCUUGGUCCAACUGGUCGCCAUUUCAGAAGUCUUUCUAUGGAUAGUUUUAUGGGGAAUUUGAAUUUUAGUGAUGAGUCGCCCAAGCUUUCACCUUCACCUGGUAUUCAGUCAGCUCAACACUCACCCAGCAAUUCAUUUGAUGAGAACACCAAUAAGUUCAGCGUGGAGUUUGCCAACAGUGAUUUUAGUCCUGCAGAACUAAAGAAGAUCAUGACAAGUGAGAAAUUAGCUGAGAUUGCAGUGUCGGACCCGAAACGUGUAAAGAGAAUAUUGGCUAAUCGUCAAUCAGCUGCUCGCUCCAAGGAGCGGAAAUUGAGAUACAUUGCAGAGUUGGAGCACAAAGUGCAAACAUUACAGACAGAAGCUACUACACUGUCGGCUCAGCUCACACUUCUUCAGAGGGAUUCUUCUGGGCUGACUACUCAGAACAAUGAGUUGAGAUUCCGUCUUCAAUCUAUGGAGCAACAGGCCCAGCUGAGGGAUGCUCUGAAUGAAGCACUUACAGCAGAAGUUCACCGCUUGAAGCUUGUGAGUGCUGAUCUCAGAGGCGAGUCCGCUUCAAAUUGUAUGCCUCAGGGCCCUCAGCAGGGAAUGUCAAAUAACCAGAUGCUGCAGAUGCAGCGUUCCCAGUACAACAUGUAUCAGUUGCAGCAGCAUCAGCAGCAUCAUAACAACCAAAAACAGCAGCAGACUCAGGAGGAACCUCAACAAAACCAGUCUACACAGUGUCAGCAAGAUGCUGAGGCUCCUAAGAUUUGAUUUAAGACGAGAUUCUGGUUUCGAACCAUCUUCUCAGAAGUUGUAGGCGCCCUUCUAAGAUGAUAAGCAGUCUGCUAGCGUAUAUAUGUUGUGUAUUUAGAUUUUAUCCCAAUAUGUUGUGAUAUAUUGAUAUCUAUUCAUUCAAUCUUUAGUCCGAUGUUAUCAUUAUUUUGUCGACUUCGGAUGAUAUUGAUAUGUAUAAUGAUACUUAAAACCAAUA